AUGUAGCUUUGUCUAAUUUCUUACCAUUUUUGACAAUCAGCUCUGCAUAAUCAUAAAUUCUUCAAAUACCUGGAAACAACUAGAAGAAGCUGCUAGAAAAGGCAUGGAAUCCCACGCAAAAGAAGAAGUGCAAGCUUUUGUUCGUCCUUGCCCCUGAGCAAGCUGACCUUCACGCACUACAAGCCAAACAUUUUGCUUUUUUAAACGGGCAUCUGCGGUUUAAAAAUCGACCCGGCUUCCAACGUAUUCUGUCAUCUAACAGGAACUGCAAUUUUCUUUGCUGUUACAUGGCGACGGAGACGCCGAGGGUUCGUUGCCAGCGCAUAGCUUGCGAUGCAUUCUUUACAGAGGACGACAAUACAGAGGAAUCCUGCCAAUACCACGAUGGACCCUUGUUUCAUGAUGGUACAAAAGAGUGGAGCUGCUGCAAACAACGAAGCCAUGAUUUUAGCUUAUUUCUCGCAAUACCAGGAUGUAAAAAGGGGAAGCACACAUCAGAGAAACCUCAGACUAAAGCAGCACCAAGCCCAAACAAGCCCAUUGUUUCACCUGUUACUGGGAAUGCUGCUUUGGAUGCAGCAAAAGAAGCUUGUGGAAGAUGCCGUCAAGGCUUUUUCUGUUCUGAUCAUGGUUCUCAAGUGGGAAAUAUAAAUUCGCAAUGUUAUAAACUGGCAGCUUCAGAGACUGCAAAACCUGAACCUCCUGCUCCUAAACCUGCAAAAAUAAUUGAUUUAAACCAACCACAGGUUUGUAAAAACAAAGGUUGUGGACAGAGUUUCAUUGAAAGGGAUAAUCAUGAGACUGCUUGCCAUUAUCAUCCCGGGCCAGCUGUUUUCCAUGACAGGCUUAGAGGGUGGCAGUGUUGUGAUGUUCAUGUAAAGGAGUUUGAUGAAUUCUUGAGCAUACCUCCCUGUGCUAAAGGAUGGCAUAAUGCUAAUCCAGAUAAUUAAGUCAUUUUUCUUCCAUUAUUAAUAAUAUUGAACUGCCCCGUGCUUUCUAGAAGGAAAAGAAUGUUGCACCAGGAACUUUGCUGGUGGCAUUGGCAGCUUACUCACUGAUUAAGCAAGCCAUAUUCUCGUCAAAUUUUGAAGGUUAAUAAAUCUCAAACAAUGAUUGGAAAAUAUAUAAUAGAAGACUAAUUGUAUUCUUAGCUGAAAUAUUUUUCACGAACUUGUUAGCUGUGUCGAUUCUAUGUUUACAAGUUAUUCAGAUAAAUUGAACAUCUUAUGGUUAUGUAAGUUUUUACUUUUC